GGCAGUGUUAGCGGGUAAGGUGCUGUGGGUUAUUGAAACCAAGUUUGGUGAUUGAUCGGGGAGUUGGUUUAAUCUUCGCUUCAGUUCAGUUUGUGGAAGUGGCAUGGUUCUCUCGCUGAAGUUUCUACUUGACUUUUGUAGGUUUUAGUUUGGAACAGGCGGAGGUGCUUCCUGUGCCCGAGUGAGUGACCCUGACUGGUCCCUGGCCUGUCUUUAAUCUGGAACAUUACUUAUCAGUUUUUCGGCAAACUCGAUUAUCCCAAAGAUGAAGGAUUGCAUUUACGGUGUUUAGCCCAUGGGAGCAUGGGGCCCCAGAAGUCCUCGAGAGGCCAUUUCGCCAUUUGGAUGUCCUGUUGACAACAACUUGCUAUACAAAACCCCAUAGGAGGUCUUUGGGAAUAUCAAGAGUUUGGACCAUGGCAGCAACAGGCAAAGUAGUUUUCACUCGCUUACCUCCUCUUCCCACCAUUGGAGAAAUUAUCAAGUUAUAUAAGCUAAGAGCUGAAAAGCAGCUCUCUCAGAACUUUUUGUUGGAUUUAAGAUUAACAGAUAAAAUAGUUCGACAUGCUGGGAAUUUGAGGAAUUCCUGUGUUUGUGAAGUGGGCCCAGGUCCAGGUGGCAUCACUCGAUCAAUUCUCAACGCUGGCAUUUCAGAAUUACUUGUAGUUGAAAAAGAUACCAGAUUUAUUCCUGGUUUACAGUUGCUGGCUGAAGCAGCACCUGGGAAAAUGCGCAUCGUUCAUGGAGAUAUUCUGACCUGCAAACUGGAAAGGGCUUUUCCAAAGCAAUUUCAAAACAAGUGGGAAGACGGCCCACCAAAUGUGCACAUCAUUGGUAACCUGCCUUUUAGUGUUUCAACACCUCUCAUUAUCAAAUGGUUGGAGAAUAUUGCAAAUCGCAACGGACCUUUUGUCUUUGGGAGAACACAGAUGACUCUAACAUUUCAAAAGGAGGUUGCAGAGCGCCUCACAGCAAGUACUGGCAGUAGACAAAGAAGCAGAUUGUCUGUAAUGGCUCAAUACUUGUGUAAUGUAAAGAGCUGCUUUACAAUUCCAGGCAGAGCCUUUGUUCCAAAACCUAAGGUGGAUGUAGGAGUUGUGCACUUUACUCCCUUGGUGGGACCACAGAUUAACCAACCCUUUAAACUGGUGGAAAAAGUAGUGAGAUGUAUCUUCAGCUUUAGGAGAAAGUACUGCCGAAGAGGAGUUGAAAUUUUAUUUCCUGAAGCUCAGAGAUUACAACUAACAGAACGAAUGCUGUGUACUGCAGACGUCGACCCGACACUCCGCCCAGGUGAACUUUCUAUACCGCAGUUCAGGGCUCUUUGUGAUGCGUAUAGCCAACUGUGCAACGAAAACCAAAAUCUUUUCACUUACAACUUCAGAGAAGAAUUGCGACAAAAGAAGCUUUUACGUAAAGAAAAAAAAUCACAUUGAGGGAUACGCGAUAAGUGAAAGCUGAGAAGCCCAGGAACUGGAUAUCUGUGUUGGGGCGAAAGCUACAUCACUAACUGCUUUAAAAUUGACAUUCAUUAAAAAAUGUAUUUAAGAGCA